CUCUGAGCAUCAGUGGAUCAGUGUGUCGAGAUGUCCGACUCUCUGCUGUCCGCGUGUGUCCUCUGUCUGCUCGCGCUCUCCGCGCUCUCGUCCGCCUGCUACAUUCAGAACUGCCCGCGGGGAGGCAAGAGAUCUCAGCCGGACGCCGUCAGACAGUGUAUGGCGUGUGGUCCGGGGAAUAUGGGCCGUUGUUUCGGCCCCAGUAUCUGCUGCGGAGCCGGUCUGGGUUGUCUGGUUGGAUCUCCAGAGACGCUGACCUGCAUGGAGGAGAAUCUCCUGCCCGGCCCCUGUGAGACGGGCGGGACGUCCUGCGGAGCCGAAGGGGGCGUGUGCGCCGCUCCGGGCAUCUGCUGCGACUCGGAGAGCUGCGCUCUGGAUCCACAGUGUUCUGAAGACGUCAGGUUUCAUCCGGCGGAAGACAGCAGCGGACUGAAGAGCGUUUCAGGAGAAAUGCUGCUGCAUCUGUUGAAUCUGGCCUCGAGGAGACAAAGACCCUUCUGAUCGUGAUCUGUGUCUGUAACUCAUUCACACGUGUUGCUCAACUCAACACUGUGUACAUACUGUAUGUAGUAAAUGGAUGUAAAUGUCAA